AUGCCACACUGUUCCCCCGUGGGGAGGAAUUUUAUACUGCCAAUGGCACAAGCUUUCAAUUCGGUGUCACCUAAGCGUCACCGUCUAUUCAGUUCCUCCUGUAACUUUGUAUUUUUAUUCUUCUGUGCUGACACCUCUGCCGCCAAUCUGUUACGCUCUUCGGCCAAAACCACGUUAUCGGACUGGAUGGUGAAGCCUCCAAAUGUUCGUUGGGAUUCGACAGACAGAUGUCCCUGCGCAAGAGGAGGAGGAGCGUCGUUCGAGAAGGCACGGUUCUGCUUGCUUGCGUCUGUAUUCUCCACAGAUCUGUCAAUGGAAAUAUGCGCUGUGAAUUCGCCGUGUUCUUGGAUCUAUAAUGAGAGAAAGAAAGAGGCAGAAGAGGAAGGAAAUAACUUGCAGGUAUCCCUCAACUACAGUGCGAGCACACACGGCAACAGAAGGGAGAUGGAAUCACACUGCUUUUCAGAGACUUACGAAACAGUAGUUGUUGGGAUCCCCCGAUCCACAUGA